AUGCCUCGAACUAGUCGUACAGGUCAAUUAAUCUUUGAUUCAGAGAUUGAAAGAAUUGCACGUCGUUUGCGGAAAGAAGCUAAAGAGCGAAAGAGGGCCGAGAAAGAAGUUGAGUCACCGGGACUUAAUUUAGCUAUCCAACUAGCGGAUACCUCUAGUUCUGACGAGGGUGAAGAGCACAAGGAAGUGGAAGAAGUUUUGAUAAAUCCAAUGGCACAAAGAACCUUAAGGGAGCUAGCUGCUCCCGACUUAAUUCAGCACCCUUUGUGUAUUACUUUUCCUGCUAUAGCCGAUAAUACGGCAUUCGAACUUAAAUCUGGACUAAUUCAUUUAUUGCCGUCUUUUCAUGGUUUGGCAGGGGAGGAGCCACACAAGCACUUGCAGGAAUUCGAUGUGGUAUGUACGAGUAUGAAACCUCCGGGACUCACUGAGGAACAAAUAAAGCUCCGGGCUUUUCCAUUCUCUUCGAAGGAUGCAGCUAAAGAUUGGUUGUUUAACUUGCCGUCCGGGAGUGUUAUCACAUGGAUGGAUAUGAAGCGCAAAUUUCUUGAGAAGUUCUUUCCCGCAUCCCGGGCUGCGAAUUUGCGAAAAGAGAUUUGUGGCAUCAAACAAACAUCAGGGGAGUCCUUAUACGAGUAUUGGGAUAGAUUUAAUAAAUUAAUUGCUCGAUGUCCCCAACAUCAAAUUUCUGAGCAACUUUUAAUCCAAUAUUUCUAUGAAGGACUAACUUCUAUUGACAGGAGGAUCAUCGAUGCUGCCAGUGGAGGCGCUUUAAUGAAUAAGACUCCGAGAGAAGCUUGGGAAUUGUUGAAUGAUAUGGCCAUGAACUCUCAACAAUUUGGGCCGAGGGAUGUCGUGGGAGUGAAAGAAGCUAUUGAGGUAAGUUCUCCUAUGCAACAACAAUUGAAUGAGCUAACUGCUUUUGUGAGGAAACUUGCUGUAGGUAAUGCUCAAGUGAAGCCGUGUGGAAUUUGUGGGAGUGUUGAGCAUCCCAUGGAUGCUUGUCCCACACUAAGAGAAGAAGUGGAAGUGAAUGCUGCAGGUUUUGCUCCAAGAAGGGCUUAUGAUCCAUAUUCAAACACAUACAAUCCGGGAUGGCGAGACCACCCCAAUUUUCGAUAUGGGAAUCAGAAUCAGCAAUCCUGUGGUCAACAACAACCACCGGGUUUUCAACCACAAGCACAACAGCAGCAACAAAGGACUAUGCACCAAGCUCCCGUUCCUGGUAACUCUUUGCAUGGUAUGGUGAAAAAAAUUGCCUCUAAUGUUUUGCAAUUUCAGCAAGAGACGAGAACAAGCAUAAAGAACUUGGAAGCUCAGAUGUGUCAAGUCGUGAAAGAGGUGCGUGAGAUGAAAGAAAAGGAAAAAGGCAAGCUGCCAGCCCAAACCCACAUGAACCCGAGCAAUGUUAGUUCAAUGAUCUUGCGGAGUGGUAAGGAGCUGAAGGGUUCGAAGGUGAUUACUGGAAAAGAGAGAGGUGAAGAGAAGAUUGAGAAGGAGAUUGAGCAUGAAGUGAACAAGUCAACUGAUCAGGUGAAUUCUAAACCUCCUAUUCAAUCAAAUGCUAAUGUUGCUCCAUUUCCUCACAGGUUAGCAAAACCGGCUAAAAGCGAUAAAGACAAGGAGAUCAUGGAGAUGUUUAAGAAAGUGGAGCUAAGCAUUCCUUUACUUGACGCAAUUAAGCAAGUCCCCCGUUAUGCUAAAUUUCUGAAGGAGUUGUGUACUAAAAAGCAGAAGUUGAGAGGGGACGAAAAUGUGCUAGCUGGAGAGACUGUGUCCGCUGUGCUGCAAAGGAAAUUGCCACAAAAAUGCGGAGAUCCAGGUAUGUUUGUAGUCCCGUGCAAAAUAGGUAAGAUGGAAAUUAAAAGAGCUAUGCUAGAUUUGGGUGCAGCUAUAAAUGUUAUGCCUAAUUCUAUUUUUAAAUCUUUGAACAUUGGGCCUUUGAAGGAAACGGGGAUAAUAAUUCAACUUGCCGAUAGAACCAACGCUUACCCUGAAGGGAUAAUUGAGGAUGUUCUUGUGCAAGUGAAUGAGUUAAUAUUCCCUGUUGAUUUCUAUGUUCUAGAUAUGCAUGAUGACAAUUCACCUAAUCCCUCCCCCAUUUUGCUUGGACGGCCUUUUAUGUGCACCGCACAAACAAAGAUUGAUGUUAAAACAGGGACACUGACUAUGGAGUUCGAAGGUGUAAAAGUUCAUUUUAAUAUUUUUGAUGCAAUGGGAUAUCCUGUGGAGCCUAAUACUUUGUGUUGUGUAGAUGUUCUUACUCAAAAUUUGCAGGAAGUCUUUGACUUGAGUGGAAAGGAUGAAUUAGAGGUUGCACUCACAAACUGCUUGGACAUGAACUCUAUGGAUGAAUUUCUCAUAAAUGGUGCAUAG